AUGUCCCAUCGGUUGCUGAAUCGACUCAGCCUGUAUCACCUGGUGAUGCAGGCGCUGGUCAUGAAGACACUCGUGUCUUUCACAGAGUACGAGCUCGGUGUCUCGUACUCUCCUGAUACGGAUGACGGAUCCGUAUCGACGGCAAUUGAAUCCAAGCCGCCUGCCAAGCGUGGCAUGGACGAUGCUUUGCGUCGCAGCAUCUUUGGUUCAUCUGAUGAGUCAGAUGAACCAUCGCCGAAGCGAAGGCGCUCGAGGUCGCGAGACUCGGGCGCCAAUAGUGGUGUCGUUUCUCCAAUGGACACCACUUCACAGCGAGGUGCCAGUACUUCUGUCGGCACGUCGCAGGAAGAGCGGGACCGCAAUGUGUUGCGUCUCGCUUCCCGAGAAGAAGGCAUGGAUGCCUCCUAA